UUUCAUGAUUUGAAAUAAUCAAAUACAAAAUAUUCUUCAACAUAUGAUUUUUGAAAAUAUAUAACUGUAGAAAUAAAAUUUUAACAUAUGUUAAUAACUUCAUUUGUAUAAAAAAAAUAUGAUAUGAUUAACAAAUUUGAACCCGUUUUACUGGUAGAUAAUAAUUUAUUUAAAUGAAAGCAUUAUGUUACUUAAUUACGAAAUUAAUUAAUAGAACAUUUAAUAAAAAUUAUUUAAAAAUUUAGUAGGAUUUUGUUAGAUUUUUCUCAAAAGAUUUUGUUAUAACUCAAAAAUAAAAUUCAAAUUUAUAGUUAAAAUUAAUUUAUUAUUAAUAUUCCUAUUAAUUAUUAUGUCAUAUUAUGUGUCAUAUGUGAUUAGUGAAAUGGUUAUAGUAGACUUCUAAAUAGUAGAUAAAAAUUGUACUUCUCGUUUAAUAGAGAAGAUUAGUUACACUGGCUAUGAUAUUUUGAAGAAGGCUUUUUAAAUUGAAUUUAAAAUCUUAAAAAUUAAACUUAAUCCCUUAUAGAUAUUAAAAUAAAACACCAAUCGAUAAUUUCAAAGAAAACUGAUAGACACUGCUGAGCAAUUAGGACUGAAGAUUGAACCUUCUAAAAAUAGUUUCACUUUCGUGGAUAGAUCCCGAGUAAACUCAGCAGGCAUGAUCAAGAAUGUUAAGGUGGAGAUAGGGGAAUACAUUAUCCCUGUGGAGUUUUAUGAUAUAGAUAUCAAAUCAGGCAAGGCAUCUCUACUUCUUUUUGGAAGAGCCUUCAUAGUUACAAUGGAGACAGUUUAUGAUCUUAAGAGAAAUAAGAUGUGUCUGACUAAUGUUGAUGAAAUUGUCUUCUAUGAUUCAAUGGACAAAGAAGAAAAGUGAGGAGCUUAUUUCAUGCAUAGAGAUGUUUGAAGAUCCAGAACCUACAGCUGAGACAAAUCACCAGCCUGAAAUACCAGAAUCAGCGUCGGUCGAUAUUAAAAUUGCAGCAUCGGUCGACUUCUAGUCCUCAGAAUCGAUCGACAAUCUGCCUUCUUCAUCGGACGACUUUCAGUCUUCAGAAUCGAUCGACGUGAAACCUUCAGCAUCGGUCGACACCCUCCGACUUUUAGAACAGCCCAAUACUGAAAAGUCUAAGUCUGGGGGAAUGACCACGAAUAGAACAAAGAAAAAGAAAAGGAAUGUAGAUGAAGAUUUCUUGCCACUAGUCCCUUUGCAAUGUCAAGAGGGAAGUCCUGAGUAUAGAAUGUGCUGCAGAGGAGGUUCUGAACCUUUUACCAAGGUUACAGUGCUAUGUGAUGCAGAGCUGAGAGAGAAGGGAGAAGUUUCUGCAAGAUCGUUUAUCAACUGCAUCAACAAGAUGAGAAAGAGAGACACUGAGACUUGUUCUGGAGCAAGUGCAAAUCCUCAUUUGUUGGGGUCGAAAAUGGUUACGACGAAAUUAAUGUCUGAACCUCCGCAAAAAUGAGCGUGAGCAUCAUUUUACGAAAGUUAUACUUCGUAAAAAAAUGUCAUUACAAAGAACUUUACAGUAAAAUCUUAUUCUAAUCUCGAUCGAACAAGGUACCGAUUGUCUCAAGGCAACGGACACGUAUCAAAAUCAGCCACGGACAAGCUCGAGUAUGGCAAUCGGACCAUAGACAAGCCAAGCUCGGUCGCUACGCAGCGACCAAGCAUGCACACGGCUCGAUCGCUACGUAGCGACCAAGCACGCGUAUCGCUCGGUCGCUACGUAGUAACCGAGCACGUGUACGGUUCGAUCGUUACGUAGCGAUCGAGCUCUCUUAAAAUGUCGAUACGACACGAGUCCAUGCAUUCUCGUCUACUCUUUAAUGCUAUCUCCCGAAAACCGUGGCUAAACCAUUUCAUGUUUUUCGUCACUCGGAGUCAUCAAUCAAACUUUACGAUAAAACCGCGGAAAGUUUGUUUUUAUCGAAGAAACCGUAAUAAACGUUUCGAGUCAAAGACGGCCCAAAGAGACCUAAGAUGUAACUCGAAGCCCACUUGCGAUUUCUUAAACCAAAAGCCCAUAAGCUGUAUGACGGUUUAUGCUUGGUUCGUAAGGAAAGAUAAAUGUCAAGUUUCCGCGGAUAAAUUUGUAGUUUUCGAAGAUAAUCACGAAGUUUGGGAAAAACAGAAUAUCUCCAUUUUUAAGCUAUGACGACUUAAGGGCAGAACGGGAAAGUGUAAACCGACCUAGGAGCGAGUAUAUAAGGAGUCCUAGGCGAGAGGCAAAAAAAGAGAACUUUUUUCACAGCAAACUUAGCACUUAUAGCAAUUAGGCAACUUUCCGUUUUUUUUAUUUCGAGCUGCGACUCAACUAGGUUUUCCAGUCUUAGGUUGUUAGAACUAGGGAUCUCGCCGAAAACGCUCAUAGCCGAGGCUUCUACCUUGUUGUAACGCUCAUACGCGAAUUCAGAAUAAGACACCUUUUGCUCUUUUUACGAUUUCUUAUUUUACUACUGUUCUCGUUUCGUGUUCUGAUUGCUUGGUGUGUGGGAUUAGCAGAUAUCCGGGACCUCUGGGAAACAAGGGUUCUCCUACUUUCCUAAUUUAAACAGAAAUCGACAGUGCGAAUUUCGGUUCCCACAGUUUGGCGCUAGAAGGAUGGGGGGGGUACGGAUCAAUCUAACUCUUAGCCAUAACACGCUCAACCAGACAUGCCAACUGACGACACAGACAACAUGCAAACUCCUCUCAACGGAGGAAGCGACACCAAUCUCCACACUCCAGUAGCGGAUGUCUCCGCGGUCAACGCACCAGCUAACACCGCAAUGCUCGAGGAGUUUAAAAAGAUUUUCGCCACCUAUGAAAAAAGGUCAGAAGAACAUGAUAAGCUUGUGAACACCUUGACCAAACAGGUCGAAACCUUAACACUAAGGACUCGAGCAAUCCGGGCCCGCGGAACCACGAAGGUUCGCGGGGAAAGACUCGACUUCGCAACCCCAUUCGACAUGCCUGGAACAUCGCGGGAACGACCUUGGGUCAAAACCCUAGCGAAACAUCCCCUGCCGAGAAAAAAGAACUCUAAGAGUCAUCCACCUCCCACAAAGGGCUCGGAGGUCAAUGAAGUCGAGCACAUCAACUUGGAUCCCAUCGACGUCUCCAACGAUACCGAGGAGGACACUGAUAGACAUCCGAGAAGAAUCAGAAGCGGAUCGGCUCGGGAGAGCUCCACGUUCGAUAAGCCAAUGAUGGAAGAGAAGGAAAACCUCUACUGGGUCGAACAGGAGGAGAUGGCCAAAAAACAAACCGAGAUCACUCGCAGCAAAUGCCGACAAGCUUGGAAAUCUGCUGACGAGACGUCGGACAUUCGCGACCUUCACGAUAACAUCACCAAAACUGCGGCGGAAAUAAGGGCCGUGAAAUUUCAGAUCCAUCACUCUACCAGUGCUGCCCCUGAGAUCGAUAAACUGCUCGAGGGGGCCCGGAAAACGACCUUCACCGCUCGCAUCUCCGAUACGAGGGUAUCUGACCCGGGAAAAAUCAAAGUACCAAAGUAUGAAGGUACGACUGAUCCUAAAGCGCACCUUCAGGCUUUCCACAUCACGAUGGGAAGGGCCAGACUGAAGGAUAGCGAAAAAGACGCCGGCUAUUCGUCGAGAAUCUGGAAGGAGCGGCGCUCGAAUGGUUCGCACGCCUUAAGCGAAACUGCAAUCAAUUAAUGGAACCCGAACUCUGCUGGAUUAGAUACUUAGGCGCAUACGAGAGUUGGUCUAGGAAUCUAGUUGAACUUAAUUGAUUAGGUCAUUAAUGCUUGUCUAAGGAAGCAUCGAUCGUCGCUUUGGCCAUAGCAUCGAUCGACGCUCGAUCCAAGUCAACAAGCAACAGCUGAGACUGGACUUAGACACCUGAUUAAUAAUUACAUGCGAAAGCUGGAUUACUUACUUAUUAAAAUCGAGUUCUAGAAUUAAAUCUAUAAACCAUUAGCAUCCUUAAAUUGUAGUUUUGAAUCUCUUGAUUGAUAAAUCUCUAGGUCUAGCUAUUUCUCUUAAUUGUUUACAACCUCAAUCAACCAAUCAAACAACUACUUUUUUCACCUUGAUUUCAUUUAUUUAUUGCUUUAUAAACUGUUUGCCUAGCUUAAUCUUGAUUUCUAUAGUCUAUUGUGUGCCUUAGCUCUCAGUGUAUUCGAUCCCUAAGUACUACAAUUGAACCUCUUAUUUGAAAGACUAAAAUCACUCCUUAGGAUAAUUUGAGUGGUAUCAGAAAACAAUAGAAUAAAGCUCAACAAUGGCUUAUAAAUAACAUAAAUAGGGUUUCUGGUCGUCCAAGGGUAUUCUGGUAAUUUGUGUUUGCUUCUGGCUUCAUUCGGUCAUAAAAUCUGCUUGGCCCAUAUUCUGGCAUCACCGUCGAUCGACACCAAGGCUGUGUCAUCGAUCGACGGUCAUUCAUCUCCUCGACAGCUUUCUCUCGCGAGGUAGACUAACCACUCUUCAGUAAACCGGGCAUAACUUCUGCUACAUGAUGCUGAUUGACCUCAAACUGGCGGAAUUGGAAAGUUAACUCAAAGCUAUAUCCUCUGGUGAAAGAUGGGCUCGAUCUAACGGUGGGAAGGCCUCCAUCCAUAGCUAAACAUAUAAGGCGUAUGUGUAGCUCUUCACUCAAACGGCUCCAAAGACACCAAAAUCAACAGUUUCCUCCAAAUCGUCCAUGAACCUGUAAACACUCUAAAUAGACUCUAUAUCUUAGUAAAUAUAUCUUAAAACACCUAUACGCCAUGGUUAAUAAUUUGUAAAAUCCAUGGUAUAUCAAUUUAGUAAAGCUAUCCAUCUCCUUCUCAUUAACUCUUCUCUUUAGAAGCUUAUGAACCUUUUCCUUCCUUCUCCUUAAGGUUCUCCUCUCAGAAGUCUUAUCAACUUGCAUAGACUCUGGUGCAUCAUCAGGUUGUUGACUGACUUUGUCUACGAUAUUUUCCAAAGGUUUAGAUGGGUUUCGGAGUGCAUUCAGGCGUGCUACAUCUAUCGUUGGUAACUGGACUCGGUAGGUAAGAGGUGGUCAUCGAUCGAUGUUGGUUGAGUCGUGGUGAUUGUCGGUUGAUUCUGUCUAUCGAUCGGUAGUUGCCUCAAGAUGUCGAUCGAUAUCCGACUUCUUUAGACUUACGGAUCGUGCGUGAAUCAACACACUCCUUCUUUGAAGAAACCAUAAAUCCUCUCUUCAUUGUUGUUCAUGGUACUAAGAUGUAUGUACAUGAAACAGAAGAAAAAAUUUAUCAGUUUUUUGAACAGUAGAAAAACCUAGACUAAAUCUAACUAAACAAGUCUCAUGGCGAUCAAAGCUCCCUGGCAAUGGCACCAAAUUUGAUACCACUCAAAUUACCCUAACAAGUGGUUUUACUCUCUCAAAUAAGAGGUUCAGUUGUAGUACUUAGGGAUCGAAUCUACAGAGAGCUAGGGCACACAAUAGACUAUAGAAAUCAAGAUUAAGCUAGGCAAAUAGUUUAUAAAGCAGUAAAUAAAUGAAAUCAAGGUGAACAAAGUAGUUGUUCGAUUAGUUGAUUGAGGUUGUAAACAAUUAGGAGAAAUAGCUAGACCUAGGGAUUUAUCAAUCAAGAGAUUCAAAACUACAAUUCAAGGAUGCUAAUGGUUUAUAGAUUUAAUUAUAGAACUCGAUUUUAAUAAGUAAGUAAUCCAGCUUUCGCAUGUAAUUAUUAAUCAGAUGUUUAAGUCUAGUCUCAGCUGUCGCUUGUUGACUUGGAUCGAGCGUCGAUCGAUGCUAUAGCCAAAGCGUCGAUCGAUGCUUCCUUAGACAAGCAUUAACGACCUAAUCGAUUAAGUUCAACUAGAUUCCUAGACCAACUCACGUAUGCACCUAGGUAUCUAAUCCAUCAGAGUUUGGGUUUUGUUAAUUCAUUGCACUUUCGUGCUUUUGAACUAUCCUAUGAUUCUAGGUUCAAACAAUUAGUCACACUGUCGUGCUAUUCUAAAUAUUCCAGAUCCUAGUAUUACAAAUCACUCUGGUGUAGAGAUUAAAGAUAAUGUAGCAAUCCUAAUUCAUUAUCAGUUUGACAUUAAGCUCAUGAAAUCCCUAAAUCUAACAAGAUGAAUUACUCAGACAUUCAAGCAAUAACACAAAUCAUAGUCUGAAUAAUAUAAUAUAUAAAUCAAUGGUAAAACCAAUGGAGUUCCAAUCAAUCUCUAAAGGAGAAUUGAUCUUCUCUCCAAACCUAAGAGGAAACAAUAGAAUAGAAUAAUAGAAAGCUUUUUUUUUUUGCAUAGCUGUCAACAAUAGCUUAUAAAUAACAUAAAUAGGGUUUCUGAUCGUCCAUGGGUAUUUUGGUAACUUAAUGUGGCUUUUGGGCUACAAACGUUCUUGAAAUAUGCUUGGCCCACGUUCUGGCAUCAUUUUCGAUCGACACCAAUGUUGUGUUACCGAUUGACAGUCUUUCAUCUCCUCGACAGCUUCCUCUGGCAAGCCAUUGGAUGCUUAUUGACCUCAAACCGGUGGCAUUGGAAAGUUAACUCAAAGCUAUAUCUUGUGUCCAACUAUGGGCUCAAUCUAACGGUGGGAAGGUCUCCAGCCAUAGCUAAACAUCUGACACGUCUGUGCAGCUCUGCACAUAAAAAGGCUCCGAAAGACACCAAAAUCACCACAUUCCUCCAAAUCGUCCCUGAACCUGUAAAUACUCUAAAUAGAUUCUAUAUAGUUGUUAAUAUACAUCAAAAAACUUAUAGAUCAUGGCUAAAAGAGGGUAAAAUCUAUGGUCUAUCAACUUUCCUAGACUUACCCUUUUGAUUGUCCUCAAGCAAAACAGACGGGCAGUCUCUCUGAAAGAGGUUUGAAAACAGAAGGGACUCGCAUGAUUUUAAAACUUAGAAUCAUCACAUCUGGAGUAUUGCAAUCCACAUCUAAGAAUUCCUAAUCACAAAAGCACAUUAUACCAUAUCCUAGUUUAGCAACAAAAUUCGCCUAGCCAACAACUUAGCAAAUCAUGUUUGACAUUCUCUUCUACCAACCUCAUUUCUUAACAUAAAUAAAGGUGCAGGCUUUACCUUGGGAGUAUCGAUCACAUGAUGCAAGGAUUUUCAAACAAGUAUCUGGAUCUGCAGGUAAAAGUUAGUUCAUAUCUUUUCUCUCUACUAAUUUCUCUCUUUAGUCAAAGUCUGCUUUUAUUGCUGGAUCAUUGACCAAGAUUGGACAGGCUUCCAUGAAUCAAACCUUAAGAGUGGUUGCCACCAAGUCCUGUUCACUUCUUUUACAUCCAAUAAUUCAUAUGAAUUGAACCUUGAUAAUUGCCGCCACCAAGUCUCGUUCGAAUUCUUUUUGUUGGAAUCCUUAUGAAGCAAGCUUUAAUGGUUGUAGCCACCAAGUCAUGUUCGGAUUCCACCUAACUAACACCUAUAUAUAUAUAUAUUUAUUUUCUUUUUUUUCUUUUUCUUUUUCUUUUUCUUUUUCUUUUUCUUUUUCGUUUUUUUUUUAAUAAAUAUCUCUACCUAUAAAUCUAAGGUCGAAAUAGAGAGAUAAAAUAGGAUAAAUAUACACAAGGCUUUACCUUCCAGACUUGUUUGAAGAAUCUGAUCCCAUGCAUACCAAGCCCCAAGACAAUCAGUUGUGUCAAGUUUAGUGUUGGAGGUCAGCUUUGGUUCCUUCAAACAAUCUCAACAAGUGUGAAUAGUUGACAGGUUGAUCCACUUUAGUAUCUUUAGUCCUAUAUGCAAUCAGUAAGUCAAGAAUGGUGCUAAAGAGUGGUUAGAUAACGAGCAAAAAUCUAAUAAGUUCAUUAUCCCCUUCUUGACUCACUAUAACUUUUUUGAAAACAUUUGAUAAGACUCUCAAUAAACUAAGUAUCAGUAAACCUUCAUACAGAUUUAAAUUACACCGUCCCCAGUGUAUAUCUAGUCGGAAUUGUGGUGAUAAAUAAAUCAAAAGUACCCAACUUAACAAGUUAAAACUAUAUACCCGACCGGAUUAAAUGUUGUUCGAUGGAAAGGAGUUACCAUCGUUCGCUGCAGGUAAUGUACUGUCGAGUGAUAUCGACAUGCUCUCAUCAGUCGAUAUGCUAGGCAAUCGUCUACUCGGAUCUCUUUUUUGUUUUUAAUAUUCUAAAUAACUAACUAAACACAAUAUUAGUAGAACCUCCCCAGACUUAAACAACACUAUCUCUAGUAUUAUUUAAUCUAAGAUCGGUGGGGAAAUAAAACAUAAGGACGAUAUUUUAAAAAGAAAACGGUAUACUUGACUUUGAUGUGAGUAUCCACCAACAAAGUUAAGUGGCGAAGCUCUGUCGAUCGACACAGUUAAGUUGUGAUCGAUCGAUGCUAGUGAUGCUCUAUCGAUCGAUGCUAGUGAUGCUCUGUCGAUCGAUGUUGCACAGCCAUCGUCGAUCCUUGUGCAAACUCGUCUUCCUCGAAUCUUUUCCUUUUACCUAAUAGUGGGUUGCCUCCCAUUCAUCGCUUUGUUAUAGUUAUUUAGCUUGACUUUGGAGAUGUGAUUAAGUCUGGAUGAGGAUGUGAACUUGCUCGAGAACAAGUCUCAGUGUCUCUGUUUCUCAUCUUUUUGAUGUAGUUGAUAAAAGCUCUUGCAUAAACUUCUCCUUUCUCUCUCAGCUCUGGAUCACAUAACACUGUAACCUUGGUAAAAGGUUCAGAACCUCCUGUGGAGCGCACUCUAUACUCAAGACUUCCCCCUUGACAUUGCAAAGGGACUAGUGGCAGGAAAUCUGCAUCUACAUUCCUUUUCUUUUUCUUCUUCUAUUCGUGGUCCUUCCCUCAGACUUAGACUUUUCAGUCUCGGGCUGUUCUGAAAGUUGGAGGGUGUCAACCGAUGUUGAAGGUUUCGCGUCGAUCGAUUCUGAAGACUGAGAGUAGUCCGAUGAUGAAGGCAGAUUGUCGAUCGAUUCAGAGGACUGGAUCUCGACCGAUGCUGCAAUUUUAAUAUCAACCGACGCUGAUUUUGGUAUCAGCUGUAGGUCCUGGAUCUUCAAACAUCUCUAUGCAUGAAAUAAGGUCCUCACAUUUCUUCCUUUCCAUGGGAGCAUAGAAGACAGUUUCAUCAACAUUAGUCAGUACCUGAAACAGAAGAAAUUUUUUUAUCAGUUUUUUGAACAGUAGUAAAACCUAGACUAAAUCUAACUAAACAAGUCUAAUAGCGAUCAAAGCUCCCCGGCAACGUCGCCAAAUUUGAUACCACUCAAAUUACCCUAACGAGUGAUUUUACUCUCUCAAAUAAGAGGUUCAAUUGUAAUACUUAGGGAUCGAAUCCACAGAGAGCUAGGCACACAAUAGACUAUAGAAAUCAAGAUUAAGCUACGCAAACAGUUUAUAAAGCAGUAAAUAAAUGAAAUCAAGGUGAACAAAUGAGUUGUUCGAUUGGCUGAUUGAGGUUGUAACCAAUUCGGAGAAAUAGCUAGACCAAGGGAUUUAUCAAUCAAGAUAUUCAAAACUACAAUUCAAGGAUGCUAAUGGCUUAUAGAUUUAAUUAUAGAACUCAAUUUUAAAAAGUAAGUAAUCUAGCUUUCGCAUGUAAUUACUAAUCAGAUGUCUAAGUCCAGUCUCAGAUGUCGCUUGUUGACUUGGAUCGAGCGUCGAUCAAUGCUAUGGCCAAAGAGUCAAUCGAUGCUUCCUUAGAAAAGCAUUAACAACUUAAUCGUUUAAGUUCAACUAGAUUCCUAGACCAACUCUCGUAUGCGCCUAGGUAUCUAAUCCAGCAGAGUUCGGGUUCCAUUAAUUGAUUGCACUUUCGUGCCUCUGAACUAUCCUAUGAUUCUAGGUUCAAACAAUUAGUCACACUGUCGUGCUAUUCUAACUAUUCCAUAUCCUAGUAUUACAAAUCACCCUGGUGUAGAGAUCUAUAGAUAAUUUAGCAAUCCUAAUUUAAUAUCAGUUUGACAAUAAGCUCAUUAAAUCCCUAAAUUUAAAAAGAUGAAUUACUCAGACAUGUAAGCAAUAACACAAAUCAUAAUCUGAAUAAUAUAAUAGAUAAAUCAAUGGUAAAACGAAUGGAGUUCCAAUCAAUCUCUGAAGGAGAAUUGAUAUUCUCUCCAAACCUAAGAGAAAACAAUAAAAUAGAAUAAUAGAAAGCUUUUUUUUUUGCGUAGCCGUCAACAAUGGCUUAUAAAUAACGUAAAGUAGGUUUCUGGUCGUCCAUGGGUAUUUUGGUAACUUGGUAUGGCUUCUGGCUUCAUACGGUAUUGAAAUAUGCUUCGCUGUUGAUUGACACCAAUGCUGUGUUAUCGAUCGACAGUCUUUGAUCUCCUCGACAGCUUCCUCUCGCGAGGCAGACUGACCACUCUUCAGUAAAACGGGCAUAACUUCUGCUACAGGAUGCUGAUUGACCUCAAAACGGUGGAGAUAGAAAGAUAACUCAAAGAUAUAUCUUGUACCAGAAGAUGAGUUCAAUCUAACGGUUGUAAGGUCUCCAUCCAUAGCUAAACGUCUGACACGUCUAGGCAGGUCUGCACAUCAAAAGGCUCCAAAAAACACUAAAAUCACCACAUUCCUCCAAAUCGUCCUUGAACCUGUAAAUACUCUAAAUAGACUCUAUAUAGUAGUAAAUAUAUAUUAAAAGACUUAUAGACCAUGGCUAAAAGAGGGUAAAAUCCAUGGUCUAUCAUUUUCUCUUAGUUAGGAGAGAAGGGAGGAACUCCUUCAGAGUCCUCCUGGAACUCCAUUGGUAUUGGUUUUUAUAUCUACUGCAAUUUUAUAUCUACAUCUAUGAUUUCUGUGACAAACUUCAUACUUGAAUAGAUCCACCUGUUAGUUUUAUGGUUUAAAUAAGUUAUGAGGGAUUAGCCCCAACUAUAAAUUGCUAAAUUGUGAUACUGAUAAUUUGGAUUGUCAUUAAUGCCUGUCUCUAGAUUAUGUACCUAAAACUUGCCAUAUGAGUUGUAGACAUAAGCGAUAGCUUGCAUCUCACUCUGAAUCCAUCCUAACUUUUCUAAGAUUGCUCGAGUAAGGCAAAACCUGAUCUAGGAAGCUUAGUGAGCACAUUCAACCCACCCAUUAAAGCUUGACCAAACGCGUCGAUCGAUAUUCCAAUAGAAUAAUCGGCCGUCGGUUCAAAAAGUGUAUCGAUCGAUAUUCUAAUAGAAUCAUCGAUCGACACUGGUCAAUAGACAAACCUAGAAAGCGAGAGCCUAUUGAUUUGUUUAUAAGUAUUGAGCUCUAUAAUAUCAUGCAUACAACUUGUUAGGCAUCUGUGGGAUUAUAAUUCUGAUUUCCUGAAUAGAAACCCUAGAUCUAGCAACCAUCCUUCCACCAAACAACUCUCGGUUCCAUAAGAACAACUACCUUGUUCGCCCCUGAAACUUACAGGAUUAAUAACUUACUAGCCUAGCUUAAUCAUAGACUGCUUAGAUCUUUUGUUUGCCCUAGCUCCCUGUGAAUUUGAUCCCUAAGUCCUACAACUCGACCUCUUAUUUGAGAGAGUAUAAAUCACUCCUUAGGGUAAUUUGAGUGAUAUCAAAUUUGGCGCUGUUGCCGGGGAGCUUUGAUCGCCAUUAGAUCUUUUCUAGUUAGAUUUAGUCUAGGUUUAUUUACUGUUCGAGAAAUUCACAUAAGAUUUUUCUUCUGUUUCAGGUACAUACAUUUGAGUACCCGAAGCAGCAAGGGAAUAGAGCUCUUACUAGUAGAGCCACUGGAUUUGGAACGCAUAAUCCAUAAGUCUAAGAGGAAGCAGCGAUUGGCAGCGUAGAAAUCCAAGCAUCGAUCGACAAUAUACAUCCUGCGUCGAUCGACACUAAUCGCCCGACGUCGAUCGACACUAAUAGCCCGAUGUCGAUCGACACUAAUCGCCCGAUGUCGAUCGACACCAACACUUCAUCGUCAUUCGAUACAAACACCAUGAUGUCGAUCAACACCAACAAAUCAUGUUGAUCGACACUACUUGCGGGAAGACAGAAAAAGCCGAGGUACCCAUACUAAGUUUUGACAAGAAUGGGGUUUUAUGAGACGAAGAAGGUUGCCCUCGCAACAUCACAUGACAAUUGAUUAAUGCAAAGGGUGUUGUAAUCCCAGAUGUGAUUGAUGUUGCUGAGAUGAAUGAUUUUGAUCUGAGCCGAGAAUGGUAUGAUUUGGUAGGUCAAGACCCCUUCCAGGGUCUUUUUCGUGAAGAUCCCAGAAACCGCUUCGAAGAGCUUGAUGAUCUAGUUUCAAGGAGUUAGCAGAAUGAAAUAUAUGUAGACCACAUACUCUAUAAGAUCUUCCCUUAUUCUCUUUGGAGAUGCAUUCUGCUGGUUCAGACAUCUGCAGCCAGGAUCUCUAACCUGCUGGGAGGACAUUACAAGCGCCUUCUUCAACAUAUUUAUCUAUGAACCAGCAGCAAAUUUAGAGGUUGAGAUGAGAUAUAUGCUCGAAUAUAUGGUAGAGGAUGAUGAAAAGUAUGAAUCUGGCGAGCUGAGCAGAGUAGACGAAGCUGAUAUUAGUGAUACGAUCUCAACAUCGAUCGACGGUACGACCUCAACGUCGAUCGAUGGUACGACCUCAACGUUGAUCGACAGAACGAUCUCAACGUCGCCCAACGCCACGACCACAACGUCGAUCGACGACUCGACACAGAAGAGCACCGAUGUAUCGAGUUAUGAUUUUGUCCCAGAUAUAGACAGAGAGAUCACUAUGGAAGAUUUCUUGGAGCUAGAGGAUGAGGCACAACCUGAGUAUCUGGAUCACAACUUGGAGAAGAAGCUUGAUGACCAUCAGCACACUUCAGAAAAGGAUCUGGAAACUUUGCCAGAUGCUAGCAUCGAUCGACAUCAUUUACCUGACAUUGAUCGAUACCAACCCGAUUGCAUCGAUCGACACCCACAUGAAGAUAUCGAUCGACACGCAAGGUUGGACGAUCUUUCAGGAUAUAUAUUUGAGGAGGAACAGAUUGAGGAUAUGAUGUACUUGUCAAAGGACUCACACCCUGCUGUCCACAAACAUCAGAGACCGCCUAUAUGUGCAUAAGAAGCUGCUGGGUUUCAGAAAAGAGUGAAAAUGAUACAUGACCCUAUGAAGAUUGUGGUUCCUUGCGCAGUAUUUGAAGUUGAAUUUCCUAUCCCACCAGAUAAAGGUGUGCAUCUGAGUUCUUAAAUUGAGGUAUUGGAUCCAGCACGUAAAAACUUCUCAGCAAGGGUUGCGAAUAAGAGAUGAAUUCGAUAAGGGCCUAGCAGAAGAAGCAUCGAUCGACACCGACCUGAUACCAUCGAACGACACCACAAAUGCAAUAUCAAACGACAUCAAAAAGCCGGCAUCGAUCGAUGUUACCACUUCUCCAUCGAUCGACACUGGGUACGCAUCAUAGAAGAAGGAGUUCGAUGUGUUUGGAAAUCUUUUUGAUGGAGAAACCACUACGCGAUCAGAAAAGUCUGGGGGAAAGAAGAGGAGGAACUGGAAGAAGCAGAAAAGAACCAAGGGAGGUUCUCAGUUAUCAUUGAUUCCUCACCUCUCGGAUGGUGGCAGGAAAUCCAGAGUUCGCAGCAGAUGCUUCUCACAUCCAUUUGCAAAGCUUCGAGCACUCUUUAUUGCUGAGAUGAUAGACAAAGGAGAAGAGUCUAUGAUGGAGGCUUUCACAAAAGAAUGAUAAAGCUACAGAGAGAAGAUAUUGAGACUUUUUUUGGAGCGAGUUCUCAGUCUCAUCCGGACUGAAUCAGAUCUCCAGAAGUCAAGCUAAUGACUGAAAAUAAGCGCUGAGUGGAAGGCAACCCACUAAUAGGUAAUUUUACAUAGUUUUUUUAUUUUCGCAUUUAAUUUAUUACAGGUCUAAAAAAAAAAGAUCCAAGGAAGAAGAGUUGAUAUACCAUUAGCGAUCGACGACAAGAGGCCAUUGUCGGUCGACAGAGAAUCACGAGUAUUGAUCGAUCGCUACUUAACUGUGUCGUCAGCGAGCAGGUAUAGUGUUUCACUUUGUUAAAUUAGUACUUAUGAAUUACUUUCCACCAAUCUUAGACUGUAUAACACUGGGGACAAUGUUGUUUAAGUCUGGGAGAGGUUCUACUAAUAUUGUGUUUUAGUUAGGUAUUUACAAAAAGAAAAAAGAUCCGAAUAGACAAUUAUAAAAUUGACAGAUGAGAGCAUGUCGAUAUCGAUCGACAGUACAGCACCUGCAGCGACCGAUGGUAACUCCCUAGCAUCGAUCGACACUUAACCCGGUCAGGUAUAUCGUUCUAACUUGUUAAAUUUUGUACUUUUGAUUAGUUAUGACAAUAACUCCGACUGGAUAUACACUAGGAACAGUGUAAUUUAAGUCUGGGGGGGGGGGGAUGUUUAUUGAUAUCUAGUUUAUUGUGAGUCUUAUCAAAUGUUUUCAAAAAAAAAAAUUAUCGAGUCAAGAAGAGGAUUAUGAUCAAAUACAAUUUGACUGCUACUCUAAUCACUCUCUAGCACCAUCUAGAUUUACUAAUUGCAGGAUGUAAUAGAUAGAAACACCGCUGUGUAUCACGUAAUGCUAACAUCCACACCUGCUGAGAAUGUAUGGAGAAACCAAAGCUGACUUCCAACCUUAAUCUACUCUACUUGCUUGUUUUGAGGCUUGGAAUACAUUGGAUAGGAGUCCUCUUGCAAGUCUGGAAGGUAAAAGUCUGUGUGCUUCUAGUUCCUUUCUCUCUCUCUCUCUUCGGUAUCUUAAGAUACAAAAGAUUGAAAUGAUUUCCUGGAAGAGGCAGAGGGGUAGGAGUGUCUCUUGUGAUCCCAUUAUUCUAAGUCUGAAAGGAAUGAUCACACAUUGUGGAAACGAGGGGUAGGAGUGUCUCAUGUGACCCUGGUAUUCGCUAGACUUUGUCAAAUAGAGCUA